AUGUCGCGGUUACACAACAUGGAGCAACAUAGUAUACAGCGAACGGCAGCGCAGCUUAGAAUAGCUCCCCAUAACAGCGAAGUACGGCAGACAAAGAACCACACGAAAACUGCACCGUCUGCACAACACAGCGCCACAUAUAACCACCUAACAACAUUAGCGGAGUAUAACGCCACCGACACCCACAGCACCAGCAUAACACACCACCACAUACAACAACUUCAGCACAACACCAGCAUAACACAACACCACAUACAACAGCUUCAGCACAACACCAGCAUAACACAACACAUACAACAACUUCAGCACAACACCAGCAUAACACAACACCACAUACAACAGCUUCAGCACAACACCAGCAUAACACAACACAUACAACAACUUCAGCACAACACCAGCAUAACACAACACCACAUACAACAGCUUCAGCACAACACCAGCAUAACACAACACAUACAACAACUUCAGCACAACACCAGCAUAACACAACACCACAUACAACAGCUUCAGCACAACACCAGCAUAACACAACACAUACAACAACUUCAGCACAGCACCAGCAUAACACACCACCACAUACAACAACUUCAGCACAACACCACAUAG